UCCACCGGCGGCGGCAACAACAACGACGACGACGACGGUAACAACAACAGCGGCGGCGGCGGCGGCGGGGACGACGAAACAGGGGACGGCGGCGGCGAGUGGGGCGGGAACCGGGGGGAGGCGCUGUUCGUGCUGGCGCAGGCGGGGAGGAAGCUCUCCAGCCUCCCCGCCGACCUGGCCGCGGCCGUCGAGGGCGGCCGCGUCACGGGCGACAUCGUGCGGCGCUUCGCGGAGAUGGAUGCCUCGCCGCUGCUCCGCUGGCUGCUGCGCUUCAGAGGGUUCCGGGAGCGCCUCCUCGCCGACGACCUCUUCCUCGCCAAGCUCGCCAUGGAGAUGGGCGUCGGCAUGAUCGCCAAGACAGCUGCCGAGUACGAGAAGAGACGGGAGAACUUCGUCAAAGAGAUUGACAUCGUCAUCGCUGAUGUGGUCAUGGCAAUUGUUGCAGAUUUCAUGCUUGUAUAUCUUCCAGCACCAACUGUAUCUCUGCAGCCACCACUUGCAAGAAAUGCUGGGCUUAUCACUAGUUUUUUCCACAACUGCCCACACAAUGCUUUCCAAAUUGCUUUGGCUGGAAGAUCAUUCUCAAUUCUGCAAAGGCUAGGAGCUAUUGUGAAAAAUGGUGCAAAGCUUUUUGCAGUCGGAACUGGUGCUUCUCUGGUUGGUACUGGUGUCACGAAUGCACUGAUCAAAGCAAGGAAGGCUGUUGACAAGGACCUUGACGAUGAAAUUGACGAUAUUCCAGUUGUGUCAACUAGUAUUGCCUAUGGUAUAUAUAUGGCAGUUUCUAGUAACCUCAGGUACCAGAUUCUGUCUGGUGUAAUCGAGCAGAGGAUGCUGGAGCCUGUACUACACAAACAAAAGCUUCUGCUGAGUGCCCUCUGCUUCGCUGUUCGGACAGGGAACACAUUCUUGGGUUCUUUACUAUGGGUGGACUAUGCCAGGAUGGUAGGUGUUCAAAAGGCCGAAGAGGAGAUCUGAAGUUCCAGCCUUUUUGCUACUGAUCUAUACCGGAAUUCGGAAGUCAACUAGUACUAUAUCUCGCCUGCGCCCUGGGAUGUUAUUCUUCUCUUCACAGGGAAUGCUGCGCGGCAGAGUUCAAAUUAUUUUCAUGAAAGCAAGUAGAAAGAUAGAUAUAUGAUGUGUCGAAUUAUUGCGGACGAAAUGUUACUUGUCUUCAAUAUCUUGCAACUUGCAAGGCCAUAUAGAGUGAAAUGUUGCUUCU